AUGGGAUUCUUACUAGCACUCAUGCUCUCUUUCGCCGGCCUCACAAUAGCCGCGCCGACCCUCGAGCACCGCCAAACAUCCAAUACAACAACCACAGCAGGCACCACAACGCAGCUGACCUUCCAGGGCGCGGGCGCCUCAUUCACAGUGAAUGCUCCUCUCGACGGGAGUACAUUCCAGAUCCCCAACCCGAUCUCAGUCGACGCCAUCACGCAGGUCGGCGCGGGCAACUGCGCAUUCACGGGCAUCAACGGCGUCAAGCUGACGGUUGUCGGCACGAAUAAUGGGGCGACGAUCGCGCCGCCGCAGACUAUUGAGAGCGGUAGCUGUUCGGCGUGAUAAGAGCGCCCAGAUUGGGGUGGUGGUGGGCCAGGAAGGAGAGUACUCCUCAGGGCGCCAGUUAAGAGACAGAAAAGGGAACAGCAGGGCUGUUCUGAUCUGGUGAAGAGGAUGAAUCUGUCGGCUGGUUUCGCGUUUCGUUCUUCUG